AUGAUUCACCUCCGCGCAGAAGUAGUCCUCUGCCCUCGCCCCGCAUGCAACGCCGCCUCCCCUCUGCUGCAUGAUCCGUUCACAUGCAAGUCUGGCGCCCCACCCACGUCGCCUCCACCUGCUUGCUACUUUGACACCCGCUCCGUUUGCCGAAACCCCGAGCUUCAUUUAGUUGAAGUCCCCCAAAAGUACAGCGGCAGCGGAGACGGAGUGACCACGGCCGCCAUCACCUACCUUCUUCAACCGACCCCCAAAAGACCCCUAUAUUCCGGCCCAGCUAAGCACCAAGCCCGACGACCCGACUCAGCCCCAAGCCCCGACCUAGUCCUACGACCCGACUCAGCCCCAAGCCCGACCCCUACCACCCGACUCAGCCCCAAGCCCCGACCUAGUCCUACGACCCGACUCAGCCCCAAGCCCCGACCUCCUACCACCCGACUCAGCCCCAAGCCCGACCUAACCACCACCCGACUCAGCCCCAAGCCCCGACCUAGCCUACGACCCGACUCAGCCCCAAGCCCCGACCUACCUACCACCCGACUCACCCCAAGCCCCGACCUACCCCAGCCCCGACCUAACCCUAGCCCCAACCUUCAUUACCCGACGGCCCCAAGCCCGACCAACCCUACCACCCGACUCAGCCCAAGCCCGACCCACCCUACCAACCGACUUAGCCCCAAGCCCCACCUAACCCUACCACCCGACUCAGCCCCAAGCCCCGACCCAGCCCGACACCUCCGACACCCGACUCAGCCCAAGCCCCAAGCCCCGACCGAACCCUACCACCCGACUCAGCCCCAAGCCCCCGACCGAAACCCUACCACCCGACUCAGCCCCAAGCCCCCGACCGAACCCUACCACCCGACUCAGCCCCAAACCCCGACCCCAGCCCGACGACCCGACCCAGCCCUCAGCUCCACUUCUCACUUCUCGGACCUGCGAGUAACAUCCAUCAUCUCCCGAGCGGUGUGA